CAUAAUAUUCAUGUUGACAAUUGCGACAUUCGAAUUUACUUUGAUUGAUUCUCGAACAAAUUCAAAUUGCCCGCCAAGCGGAAGUGGUGGGUUGUUGUUUUGGUCGGAAAGCUUCGUCUGCUUCCUUUUGGCAAUCUUUUCUCUUGGAAGCUCGCGAACCACACGUGGAAGACUUCCAAAGAUGGUGAACGGUCGCGUACGUAAGGUAUGUCGUAAAACAUACUCGACUCCGCGUCGCCCCUAUGAAAAGGAGCGUCUCGAUCAGGAGUUAAAGCUAAUCGGUCAUUUCGGUCUGCGUAACAAGCGUGAGGUAUGGCGUGUGAAGCUUACUUUAGCCAAGAUCCGCAAGGCCGCUCGUGACCUUCUGACUAAGGAUGAGAAAGAUCCCAAGCGUCUAUUUGAGGGUAACGCCCUCCUUCGUCGUUUAGUCCGUGUUGGUGUACUUGAAGAGUCCAAGAUGAAACUCGAUUACGUGCUAGGGCUUAAGCUUGAGGAUUUUCUUGAGCGGCGACUCCAAACUCAGGUCUUCAAGCACGGCCUGGCUAAAUCCAUCCAUCAUGCUCGAGUCCUCAUACGCCAGCGACAUAUUCGUGUGCGCAAACAGGUCGUUAAUAUCCCAUCGUUUGUUGUCCGUCUCGACUCCGAAAAACACAUUGACUUCAGUUUGCGAUCACCUUUCGGCUCUUCUCACGAGGGCCGCGUCAAGAGGAAGAACAAUAAGAAAAAGGCCCAGGCCGCUGGUGGUGGAGGUGAUGAGGACGAGGAAGAUUAAGCUAACAAAUGAGAGAAGCCUUUGUGCCGCUUCGUUCUUGUCCGUGAAAGAUCCCCAAGGAUGUGUGCAUGUAAAAAUGUUUCCUUAGAAAUAAACGGUGCGCAGUCGAAGGGGUCGACACUGAGGCUGAUAUAAC